AUGAGACGAUCUCUCAACCUCGGGUACUCGAUCAUAAGACGAUCUCUCAACCUCGGGUACUCGGUCAUAAGACGAUCUCUCAACCUCGGGUACUCGAUCAUAAGACGAUCUCUCAACCUCGGGUACUCGAUCAUAAGACGAUCUCUCAACCUCGGGUACUCGAUCAUAAGACGAUCUCUCAACCUCGGGUACUCGAUCAUAAGACGAUCUCUCAACCUCGGGUACUCGAUCAUAAGACGAUCUCUCAACCUCGGGUACUCGGUCAUAAGACGAUCUCUCAACCUCGGGUACUCGAUCAUAAGACGAUCUCUCAACCUCGGGUACUCGAUCAUAAGACGAUCUCUCAACCUCGGGUACUCGAUCAUAAGACGAUCUCUCAACCUCGGGUACUCGAUCAUGGGAUAUCUUCUCGACUUGUGA